UCUUAACCUUCAAAAUUAAUGGCAACAGCUAUAAUAUCCGGCAGGUGACAGGAAUUGCAAGCGUUUAGUAUAUUGUGAUUGUUUAUGUUUUGUCAAUUUUGGGAAAUGAAUCGUUACUGUGAAAGCAAACGGUUUGAAAUUAUGAUUAUAAAUAUUUCAGAGUCUUCAGAUAUAUUGGCUGUAACAUGAUGGAAGUAUUAUAUGUUUCUGAUAUUAUGAAUGACUCUUUUUUCUGAGUGCACCUAGUAGCUGAUAGAAAGUUUAUAAAAAAAAUUAUGAAACAAAUGUUGCAUAUGGUUUAUUUUAGUUCGAUACUCUACAAAAUAUUUCAGCUUCCUGUUUUGGGUAACAUUGUUCUAGCAUACAUGAAACGAAUAAAAGUAAAGAUAUAAACAUGGGAAAUGUUUUGUGUAAACAUCUGAUACUUAAUCUCAAUUGAAAUUUAGUUAUUUGAUGUAAAACAGUUUCUGCCACUGAUAUUUGUCAAUGUGUUUUAGAAGAUUCUGCAUUGUUCUCUAUUUUCCAUGCGUUGUAAAGAUGAUGAUUUGAUUCUUUAUGAGUAGAUACAUUGCUUGAUCUCGUAUCGACACCUCAGUCGGGAUGCUGUUUGUGAAUGAAGAACUUGAAGAAUGUCAUCCAGUAUUUUCUAAACCGAAAAAGGUUCAUCCAAAGGCAGAAGACGAUAUGGUUCGUCGAAUCAAAUCCACUUUAGGAGAAUAUGUGCAUGAAAAUGAAUGUAAUAUAGUCAGUGGUGAAGAAGGAUUCAUAAAAGAUAAAACUUUAUCAUCUGAUAAUCUUUCUCAGUCCAGCAGUAUUCUUCCAAGCCACGAAAAAGAAAAUUUAGAAAAAGAAAUUGAAACUAAAAAUCUUGAAGAUAUAAUUGAAACUAAUGUUGCUCCAUUGAUUGUUGCUCAGUCUCCAGAAAAGACUCUGAAUUAUGUUGACGAUUGCGGAAAUAACUCUUCAGAAUCAUCUACCUCCAGUUCUCGCAGAUGCUCAUUAAAGAGACAAUGCAAAGAACGAAUUAGUCUUCUUGAUUAUAAUCCUAUGCUGACAAUUAGAGCAAAAAGAACAAAGGGAUGUACUUCUAACCGCUCAAAAUCGGUUGACAGUAUAGAAGAGUCAAAGACAGCUACUUCUGUAUUUACAACAGAAACUUCCACUCUCAGUAAUGAUCUGGUAUUAUAUGAAGAUAUACAAAGGGAUUGUACUGAACAAGAUGAAGAUGAGAUUCCUAAUUUGAAAGCUUUUCCUGCUGCUCAUCUUGAUAGUUUCUCUGAAGUGCCUGGGACAGAUUCACCUCCAUUAUUACAUAUAUCAUCCCCGUCAUGUAAUUCUUCACAUUUGAAUCGUUUAAUUCCUAAAGCUGCGGCUUUAAAAAAAGAUCUAAAAAGCAAUGAAAAAAAUAGCCUAAAUUUACAAGCCAGAACAAAAACCAAAAGAAUGUCUAAAAAAAAGAAACGAAAACCUGUUUAUGAAAACCUUUCAGCUGAAAAUAAACUUCCUGUAGAAACUUUUACGUGUGCCAAAGAUACUCAAGAAAAUACUGAUUCAAAAAUUGGUUCUUGUCAGAUAAAAAAUGGUAUUCUGAAAAUUCGUUUGAGCAAAUUAACUGAUGGCAGCAAAAAAGAAAACUCGGAAAAAGAUUAUGAAAUCUCUAAUAGUGAAGCAGCUGCUUUUGGAUGUAAGAGACUCUCGGUGCCUUUAGAGCCAUUAGCUCCAUCUGUGUAUUCAGCUUAUUGUGUGCCAUAUAAAAGUAAGAAAAAAGAUCACUCAGUCAAAACUAAACGACCUGGUAAAAAGAAAGAUAAAAAAGUUUCAGAAAGAAAAAAUGUGGUUGAUAGUUUUAUAACUAGCCCCUCGGCUGAUCUAUGUGAUAAAUCAGAAAAUGGCCCAAAUUUAUCUGAUUGUAAGGCUGAUAAAGAAAGUGACACAUUGGUAAACACUGAAGAUGAACCUGAUAAAUCAAUAUGUGAUGUGAAAAUGAAUCUUAAAAGUGAAACUUCCUCUGAAAUUUCUAAUAAAAAGAACUCUAAAAAUGAGAUAAAUGAUAUUCAUCAUCGCUCACCUGUAAUCAGUAUAAACUCACCUGUCUUUAAAGAUAAUUCACUAGAAUUUUCUAAUAAUAUUAAUGUAGAAGAUUCAGAUUCAAAAAUAUUAUGCACCAUUGAUUUAUCUAAAAUCAAUCGAAUACCUAUAAAAAGUUCAAAUUUUAAAUCUUCUGAAAAAACUGUAAGUAGAAAUUUCAGAAAUGAUAUCAUAAAAAAAAUUGAUGAUCUGAAUCCUCCACAUGAUAUUGAAGACGAUUAUAAUAAAGUAAACCCUCUCUUAUCUUGUAAGAAUAACGAUUCGACUUGUAUAAAGAAGGAAAUUCUUACUCCUCCAACAUUUGAGGUGGCCAAAGUUUAUCAAAACAGCUCUGAAAUUGAAGAUUCUUCAUGUCCCAACUUAAUAGAUGAAAAUAGAGAUGAUUGUUGUCCUAAAUUGAAACCUGCAUUUCCAUUUGAAGUCACGCUAAAAGAAAAUGAAUUGAAUAAAAUUGAAUUUGAAAGUAAUAACGCACAGUUACCUAAACUUUGCUCAGCUAGCACAGAUUAUAUUUCUGAUUGCACAGAUGAGAAUUCUAAACAAAGCAUUGUUUUCCCUCACAAUACAAUCAUUAAUAAAGUGAAGCUUGAACUUGCUGAUUCCGGUUUGUCUACCGAUGAUAGAUGGAAUAAGUUAAAAAAUUAUCAAUGGUCACAUGUUAGUAGCACUGAUCUCACUUUCAACAAUGGAAACGCUUUGUUCAAAAAUCAAGUUACAUAUAAUCUUGGUAAUCACAGAUUUUGGCAAGACUCUGAGCUGAAAAAACAAUACUCAUCUGAGUACUACCUCAAUGAAGCAAAAAAGUUAAAGCAUCAAGCCGAUAAAGAAAUUGAUAGAAUGGUUCAAGCUAUGAAGUAUUUGGAAGCAGUUUUGUAUUUUAUUUUAACAGGCAAUGCAAUGGAACAUAGUUAUAUUGAUACCGAUCGAGUGCACACCAUGUAUAAAGAAACAUUAACUCUCAUCAGGUUCAUUUCAUCAAAAUUUCAAAAACUUCACAACUCAUCUUGUAGAAACAUUGACAACAAGCUAACUGUUUUGAGCCUUAGGUGCCAAUCUCUGCUGUAUUUAAAAAUGUAUCAGUUGAGAAGAGAUGAAGUACGAUACCUCCAUCGCAACAUCAGUACCUACGUUAAACUUGAAAAUGAUUCAUUACCUGAAGAGGUAUCACCUCCACACCUUCAAUCAUUCAAAUCGAAUGUUAAACAUUCUCAAGUUUCUCCAUCAUAUCAAGCAUCGCCAUGCUCUCUUACACCAUCGCCUGCUGGUAGUGUAGCUUCUGUAAGUUCUCAAAGCAGUGGAUAUAGUAGCAGUGAAUUGGGCUGGAGUACAAAUUAUCCCUCUAAUAGUGGGAAAACAAAGUCUCAAAUUGAUGUGUUUUCUGAUAGCAUUACAGUGUCUCGACAAAAGUACAAAAUGUUUCAGCAACAAAGUAUGUACCUUGCCAACCUGCAUCUUAGUCAUGACCUUUGGGAACAUGCUGAUUACCUAAGUUCUGAAGAACACUCUCGUGAAUUUUUUAUGGAACUGGAUAAAGAAUGUGGCUGCUUAAGUCUUCACAGCCCUUUCUCAGCUCUAGUUUAUUAUGUUCGCAAAGGGUUAUAUAAGUUAAAAGAUGGUACAUAGAAGUGUACUUUUGUAACCUUUUUUUAACUGAUUCUUUUAAAAAAUGCUCACCAAGAAAAUCUUUGUAAAAUGUCUUCUUUUCAUUACAUGAAACAAGUAUGUAAAUAUUUAUAAGCUGCACAAUUAUUUCAUUAUUAGAAAAGUAGAGGAGCUUUUAUUAUUAAAUUCAUCUUAAUUUAUUUAUUAUUAUGGGUUGUUUAGUGGUAUAUUGUGUAAAAUUAGAGAAUGGGCUUGGUGUUGUGGUAGAGAAAUGUUUUGCUUUUCUUAUAUUUAAAAUUUUGAUAAAGCUUGCAUUCGUUUUUGUUUAAAUAUUAUAGUUGUUUCAAUAAAAUCAGAAAUGUGCAUUACAUUAAUAAACUAAUGUAAAGUUUUGUAAAUACUUAAGUCAUUAAUGAUUGAUAUAAAAUAUCUAUUCUAUUAUAUGUCAGAAACUUUUUAAUAUAAACCAUUUGUUUACAAAUAAUUGCACAAUCAUUUAUAUAUUUGUCUUAAAUACUAUUAUUAUUUUUUAAAAGUAGAGAAUUACAUUUACUUUAUAGCAUUUAUUAAUGAAACUUUGAGUAGGUAGUUUAAUAUCUAGCACAUUAAAGCAGAUAAAACUUGUAGUAAGUUAUAAACUGUACAAAAGUUAAUUAUCUUCAAAAAAUGCUACAAACAUAUAAAUAACUUCAAUAUGUUAACAAUGAAAAUGUUGGGAUUGCUUUGAAAUAUUUUCAAAGUUAGUGAUAAAAUUUUCUGUGCCAUAUGAUUUUAAAUGAGUGUAAUGUUUUUCGAUGUAUUUCUUUUCCCAAAGUGUCAUUCUUAUAAAUUAACUAAAGACUUUUGUUAAUUCUUAAACAAUCUUCAGGAAUGUUAUUAUAAUUUAAUAUUUUUUUAUUUGAAGUAAUUAUUUCUUAUAGUAGAGUCUUGAUAUUCUGAGGUGAGUAUGACUUGGGUAACUUUUUAACAUUUAUUUUGUGAUGAAGAUAAAGACAGGGAUAAAACCAACAAGGCCUUUCUAUAAAAUGUGUACAAAUGUUACUCCUAUUUUUUAUCGAUUUCUAUAAUUUAUAGGUCUCCCAUGCAUUGCAUUGCUUUGCUUUUAUUGUGGCCUGGAAUAAAGUAUCUCAUAUUAAAUAUCAUGAAAAAUUUAUAUCAAAAAGUGCUUACUUUAGUGAAGUAUAACUUAUUUUUCACCAGUAAUGUAUUGAUUUCAUUCUAUAAAAGGUCAUAUCUUCUAAUGUUCCUAAUAGAUUUCCUUAUAUUUAUGAUGUUUUUAAUGUUUGAACCUUACUAAUGAGCAAGAUUUUUUAACAGUUAUUUGAAAAUUAUAAAAUUUAUGCUGUCUCAAGCUUGCUACCAAUAAUUUAUCAUUAUUCAAAUAAAUGUAUAUCUUCCUUAUUUUAAAGGGAGUCAGUAAAGUAAAAAUAAUCUCAAAAUUUUGCAUUCAAGCCUUGUAGAUUUGUUGUUUUCACUAAUUAAUCAUGCUUUUUCUGAAAAAUAUUUUCUUAAGUUAAAAUACGUAAUCUAUUCACAUAUGUUAACUAUCUUCAGCAGGUUCUGCUUGUAACCAGUAAAGUAAAAAUGAAUUUGGGAGGUUACUUAUCUUUCAAUGUUCAUAUUCAGUUUUUAACCUUUUGCGACAUAUAUAUAUUUGAGAGAAUGUUACUUCUCUGUAUUAUGACCUUUUAUAUGCAGUACUGUUAUAUGAUACAAGAAAUAUUUAGUACUGUCACAUGAUUUAAGAUGCAUGCAAAAAAUAUAAUGUUCAAAGAAAAGUGGUCAUUUUAUAUGAAAUGACCAACUUGCAUCAAGGGAAUAAAUGGCAAAUAAAUCGGACAAAAAAAUUUCUUGUCCUACUGUUAAAAUUUAAACUAAAAUAUAUAAACUGAAAUAAAUAUGAUAUAUAAUAAUAAAUUAAAAUGGAUCUUAGUUUUUUCUUUUGUACUCAGUUUAUCAAGACUCUGUAAUGAUUUGAGGGUAUGCAUAUACUUCUAACUCAUUUUUCAUACUCCUCAAAAAAUAUUUAGAGAAUUACUUUACAACUUUAGAAGUGUGUAGGUCAUGUAAAUUAUUUUUGUGUAGGUCAUGUCUUUACAUAUCAAUAAAGUUUGAAGCUUUCAAGAGUUUGAGAAAUUGGUAAUAAAUUCUGAACAAAAAAGAAUGUUCUACAACAACCUAUGCCAAAUAAUAUAGCAAUAAGCUUGUAACUUGGAUCAAUUACUAUGGUUAUUAUAUGCAAUAACUUAACAAAAUUUCGAAAACCUAGGUUAAAUAUUUAUGAAGAUAUAGACAUUUAUAUUAAAACCUAGUUUGUUUUGU